UAUAUUUCUUGAUAGUUAUUAGGAUGUCAACAUUUUCUGAAGCCAUUUAUGUGCAAGUCGUAAGUGCUUGACUGCUUUCCUUCUCAACCUCUGCUAAAGUUUCUGACCCACAGUGCAGUUUUGAAUUGAAAUGGUUGUCUUUUGCAGCUUGUUGUGACACAUGCUUUUCCUUAAUGACUUGCUCAGAGUAAAGCUGAGGACCACUGGCAAGAAAUACUAAUGAUGAAAAAGGAGAACGGAGACCUGCUCGCUGAAAAGCGGCUUCUGGAGCAGGAGGUGAAGCGCCUUCAGAGGAUAGUUGAUGAAAAACAAAAGGAACUGAGUGAGCUUCAUCACCAAAAACAGGAGGGCAUGAUGGAGACUGGUGGUGAGGCUGCCUACCGGCAAAAGUGCAAAGCCCUGAAAGAGGAAUAUGACACUUUGCACAAGAGGUAUGCGGACUUGACAGCGGCUCACAGUGCACACAUGGCACGCCUGGAGCUUUGCCAAGAGGAGCUACAGCGACUCAAACAGGGGGCCGAGGAGGCCCUAGCUGAGCGCAAUGCUGCCCUGCGUGACCGUACGGGCCUGCAGCAGCAGUGCACAGCUGCCAUUCGCCAGUGGGACAGUGCACUGCGUGAGCGCAAUGAGGCCCGUGACCAACUUGCCAAGGUGCAGCAGCAAAGGGAUGAAGCCAUGAAGGAGAUUAACCAAGCCAUGGCUGUGCGCAUUAAAGCCUCCAAGGACCUGUCUCGCUUAACUGAAGAGCGUAAUGCAGCUGUCCAGGAGUACACCCUGAUCAUGUCAGAACGGGAUUCUGUUCACAAAGAGAUUGAAAGGUUGCAGGAGGAACUGCAGGAAGCACAGAGCAAAGCACGACAAGCUGAAUCUGCCCACAAAGCAUCUCUUGAUGAGAUGGAAGGCCUAAAGCGAGAGAUAGCUUCUGGCCCUUCAAGACAGGGAUCCCGGUGCAAUCAACAGUCUGGUCCAGAAGAUGCCAGCCGGGCAGAGGCAGUACGCAAGGACUCAUUGCCAUCCUCCUUAGCAGAUGCUGAGCAAACCAAUCAAGAAAUGGAAAAUCUUCCGCCGGAAAUGGAACGUCUGCAAGUAGAGUUGGCUGAGGCACAGCAGGAGGCAGAAGUGUGCAAACGACGUCGAGAUUGGGCUUUCAGCGAGCGAGACAAAAUAGUCCUAGAGCGCGAGAGUAUCCGUAGCCUGUGUGACAAGCUGCGACGCGAGCGAGACAGGGCUGUUAGCGACUUAGCCGAAGCUCUCAGGGACUCGGAUGACAUCAAGCGACAGCGCAAUGAAGCAUCCAAGGAACUCAAGGAGCUCAAGUGAGCUGGGCCUUUUUUUCU